CUUGCAGACGCUUCCUGUGCUCGUGUUCUGCGGUGCGUCCGUGUCACCGAGCUCCUCUCUGGGGAGGUUUUUGUCUUUAACGGAGCCUCCGGCCGCAGCUGCAGCUCCCGGAGAUCCGCUGAUGCUCCGCGGGGCAGCGGGAGCUUUAGCCGGUUACCGACAGCCGGGAGUCCGGAGGCCGCUCUGCCCGAAGGAUGAGUUCCUCCGCGGCUCUGCACACGCAGCUGGCCGCGGUCAUGGAGUCUCUGGUCCACGCUGCGGUGGCGGAGCUGCAGAAGCUGGUGGAGGACAGCUGGGCCUUCAGGACCGGAGACUCCGGAAAUCAGACGCCUCAACCGGCCACGAGGCGGGCGGAGAGCCGGAAGAAGAUGGUGCAGUUUGCCGUCGUCAUGGAGACACUGGGGAACGAGGCUCUGGGGAAGAUGCUGAACAUUGUGGAUGAGACCCGGCUGCAGGUGGAGCGGAGCGGCAGGAAGUCACAGACCAGAGUCCUGAACAUCCUCAACAACAGGCAUGUAGAGCUGGAACAUUCCUACGGAGUCCCACAUCAGAGCUCCCACCCGGACCAAGCGUGUCAGACCAAAGCGGAGGCGGAGGAGACGGCGGAGGUCCCGUUUGUCCAGGCAGUCACCAUUAAAGAUGAAUAUGGAAACGUGGACCUGGGCGCCAUCGCGGAGCGAGCUCGUGUUGAAGCCGCUCCGCCGCCAUCGGACCAGCAGCAGAUCCCGUCUGGAGCAUCCGGGCCACCUGGUUCCGACCUGCAGAAGGCCUCCUGGAAGUUCUUCUCCUGCUCGGUCUGCGGGAAGUCUUUCUCGUCUCAGAGCAACCUGAACUCCCACCGCCUCAUCCACACCGGCGAGAAGCCGUUCUCCUGCAGCGUGUGCGGCCGGGCCUUCCGCCAGCGGCAAAGCGUGCACAGCCACAUGCGCACACACACCGGCGAGCGUCCGUUCGAGUGUGCGCAGUGUGGGAAGCGCUUCUCCAAGCAGGCGCAGCUGAAGACGCACUCGGUGGUCCACACCGGGGAGAAGCCGUUCGGCUGCGACGUGUGCGGCCGCCGCUUCAACCUGCUGCAGAACCUGCACCGCCACACCGUCACGCACACCGGCGACAAGAUGUUCGUCUGCUCCGUCUGCGGGAAGGGCUUCACCCGGGCCGUCACGCUCCGGACGCACCAGCUCAUCCACACCGGACAGAAGCCCUUCAAGUGCACGGAGUGCCCCAAAACCUUCCGGCACGCCGUCAACCUGCGGAACCACCAGCGCAUCCACAGCGGUGCGCGGCCGUUCGGCUGCGACCUGUGCGGGAAGACGUUCCGCCAGGCGGUGAACCUGAAGAUCCACCGCCGCAUCCACACCGGUGAGCGGCCCUUCAGCUGCGGCGAGUGCGGGAAGACGUUCAGCCAGCAGAGCAGCCUGAUCUCGCACGGCCGCACGCACUCCGCCGACAAGCCGUUCCAAUGCGCCUCCUGCGACAAGAAGUUCAACAACGCCAACAGCCUCAAGCUGCACAUGCGUGUGCACACGGGGGAGAAGCCGUACGCCUGCGACGUCUGCGGGAAGACCUUCAGCCAGGGCAGCCACCUGAGGACGCACAAGCGGCACGUGCACGCGGGCGGGAAGCAGUUCAUCUGCGACCGGUGCGGGAAGCGCUACGCCGACCAGCGCAACCUCAAGCUGCACAAGUGCGGCUACGCGUGACAGUAGGAAGCCCCUCCCACCUAAUGAUGGAGGAGAGACAGGAAGUGCACCUGCUGACCAAUCAGAGCUCAUAUCCAGGAAGGGGCGGGGCCUCUGUUUCAGGUGUUUAAUCCUUGACUUUAUGUUUACACACUACAGUUCUUGCGAGUCCAGCGUCUGUUGCCAUGGAGACGGCUCCAGUGACAGUUGUGACAUCAGACUUUCUGAUUGGUUGAAGCCACAAAUUUAAGUUAUUAAGAAGCUUCCUGUAAAUGUUUCUACUUUUCUACAUGAUGAUAAUUUUCAUGUUUGGGAAUAAAAUGUCUC